AUGAAUCCAGGCGAGGAUGGCUCGGCCCAGAAGCCCGUCAACAGAGAGCCCGAUACGAGCAGACUUGUACAGAGCUUCCUCACUCCCUCGCAAUCCAAUCCUCAACCCGAACACACAUCGAAAUCGCAAUCACAGUCUCAAGGUAAACCACAGCUGGUUGCAUACGACCGCAAUCACGGGCCCAUACAACACCUCGACGGUUCAAGUCAUCGCCUCUCGAUAAAAUCAGACCCUGUGCUCUCGUCAUCCUCAUCUCCAAACUCGAACACCAACAUUCUUCCCCAACCACUCAACGCUGUCCUCUCGCUCUCUGAGCUGUCCGACAACUUUGAGCAGGUCAGCAUCACCUGCGCGCUACAAUGUGCGGGGAACAGACGCCAUGAAAUGCGUGAGCGUCUGGGCGAGGUCAGUGGUCUGGAUUGGGGAGAUGGAGCGGUAAUGAAUGCUGAGUGGAGGGGAGUGAGGGUAAGGGAUGUGUUGGUCCACGCUGGUCUGAAAGCUUUGGCAACGCGUAAGCCGCAUGACGACGGUGGUGGCGGUGGUGGUGGCGGCGAAGAACUUGGAUCUCGGUACGAGGGAUUGCACGUCCAGUUCGCGUGCACCACGCAACCCACCCAGGAGGACGACUACUACGGCUCCUCAGUCCCGCUGUCUAUAGCACUGGACCCGGACCGGGAAUGUCUGCUGGCAACACACAUGAAUGGCGAAGUGCUGCCCGCCCGCCACGGCUUUCCCCUGAGGGCGAUUGUCCCAGGCGUCAUCGGCGCGCGGAGCGUCAAGUGGCUCGACUCCCUCGUUGUCGCGGGAGAGGAGAGCACCAACCACUACCAGCGACGGGACUACAAGAUCCUGCCUCCCGAAGUGGACAGUGCGGAGGAAGCGAAGCAGGGAGGAGACGAGUUGUGGGAUUCUGUCGAGGCCAUGAUGGACAACCCGAUCAAUUCCGUCGUGGCGGUUCCCGGCAAGGAUGAUGAAGAGGUGCAGAGGGAUGAAAACGGUCGCGUGCAUGUCAGGGGGUAUGCGAUCCCCAAGGGCAAAGAUGGGCCCGUGGUCAAGGUCGAGGUCAGUCUCGACAGGGGGCACACGUGGCACGAAGCGAGCAUUUUGGACCAGGGCGACGAAUUCAACACGCACCCGAGAAACAUGGGCCGCAGUACGAGCACCUCCGAGAGGGGACAGUUCGCAUGGGUCCUGUGGGAUGUGCACGUCCCCUGUGCGCCGGGCGAGGACAUUAGCAUCUGGAGCAAAGCGACGGAUCGAGGCGGGAAUACCAUGUCGGUAGAGCAGGCGGAGGGGAGUUGGAAUCUUCGAGGCGUGGGAUUCAAUGCCGUAGAGGGACGCAGAGGCAUCAAAGUUGUAUAA